AUGAUGAAGCCCACAGACUCCUGUUUUUCUAGAUAUCAUAUGUGCUUCACUUUCCUGCAAGUGAUAGCAUUAGCAUCGACUUCUCAGAAUCUGAUGGUGACCACUCCCACUGGACAUUUGGUGGCUAGGGUAGGAGGCCAGGCCGAGCUCAGCUGCCAGGUGUCCCCACCACGCAGUGUGGAGUCUAUGGAGGUGCGCUGGCUCAGGAGUGACAAUUACAAACUUGUUUAUCAGUACAGAGGUGGCCACGGGGUAAAUGGAGAAGCUGCACCUGAAUAUGUGAAUCGUACAGAGUUUGUGAAAGAGGCCAUUGGGAAGGGCAGAGUGGCGCUCAGAAUUCAUAAUAUUAGAAUUUCUGAUGAAGGACCUUACCGAUGUUUAUUUAAUGAUAGAGGUUUCAGUGAUGUGGUCAGCAUGAACCUCAGUGUGGCAGCACUUGGAUUGAAGACACAAAUCCAUGUUGAGAGUCCUGAUUAUGAUGGACCCAGUGUGGGUUGCUUUACAGAGGGGUGGUUCCCACGGCCCCGAAUGGAGUGGAGAGACAGUCAGGGGGAGGUAGUGCCAUUCUCUUCCAUCUCAUACUCCCAGGACGAAGACAGAUUUUUCCGCAUGAGGAUGACUCUUCUUCUCAGAAAUCAGUCACAGAAAAGUAUCACAUGCUGUGUUCUAAACCCUCUAACGGGUGAAGAGAAGCAAACAAAUCUCAUCCUAUCAAGUAAGUACUCAGUCAUGAGGGGACAUGAAUCGGGAUGUAAAAAAAAGUUGAAUAUAUUAGACAUAGCAUCAAUGAUCUUACAAUUCCUGUGUUUUAUAGUCUUCUCUGGAAUAAUCUUUUAUAACUAUCUGCAAUUGCGGAACAAAGUUUCUAUUUCAGAUCCCUUAUUUUCUUUGUACAAUAGUUGGAUGGCAAAUAUGGCAGAGGUGGUAGCUUUUCUGGUGAUAACUUUCAGCCUUACAACCAUAGCGUUAUUAUGGAUGCACAUAAAACGUAAGUAA